AUGGUAGAUAUUAUUUUCCAAUGGAACUUUUCCAUCCACCCUUCUCUUUUCAGCUCCAUCAUAGCAUCCCAUAUUGCCCACAACCGUGCUCGCGAAGCCUUUUCGCUCUUGGGUAAUGUUGCUCCCCUUUGUGCCGAAAUUGGAGGGCCCACUUAUAACUCGCUCUUGGCUGCCCUUGCCUCUGAUGGGUGUUUGGAAAGUGCGUACCAGCUGUUUGAGGAAAUGACUCAGAGUGGUAUUGGUUUCAACACACUGGGAUUUGGGGUGUUUCUUUGGCGGGUUUGUGGAGAGGGUGAUGUGGAAAGGGUGGUGAGGUUGUUGGAUGAGGUUAAGGAAUGUGGUUCUGGGAUUAAUGGUUCUGUUGUGGCGGUUUUGACUGUUCAUGGGUUGUGUCGGGCUUCUAAGGUAUCGGAGGCUUUGUGGAUGUUGGGUGAUCUCAGGAGUAGGGGUUGGAAACCCGAUUUCAUGGCUUACUGGGUUGUUGCCGCAGGGUUCCGAUCAAUGAGGAAUGUGGCUGAUGAAGUGAAAGUUUUAAAGAUGAAGAGGAAGUUAGGGGUGGCUCCUAGAAGCAGUGAUUACAAGGACUUGAUACUUGACUUGAUUACGGAGAGAAGGAUGUGUGAAGCAAAAGAAGUUGGGGAGGUUAUAAUUGGUGGUAAUUUUCCUGUUGAUGACGACGUUCUCAAUGCAUUGAUAGGAUCGGUAUCAAGUGUAGAUCCUAGUACUGCUAUAAUGUUUUUCAAUUUCAUGGUUGAGAAAGAGAGGUUCCCAACUAUUUUGACUGUCAAUGAUUUGUGUAGGAUUCUGUGUAGGCAUGGCAAGGUUGAUGAGUUAUUGGAGGCGUUCCAUGUUUUGAAUUCUCAAAACUACUUUAAAGAUGUGGAGGGUUUCAAUGUAAUGAUUUCAUUUUUGUGCAGGGCUGGGAAAGUGAGAGAAGGCUAUACUGUUCUGCAGGAGAUGAAGAAGAAAGGGUUUCAACCCAAUGUCUCGUCUUAUAAUUACAUAAUGGAAGCGUGUUGUAAGGAGGAUCUACUGCGUCCGGCGAGGAAGCUCUGGGAUGAGAUGUUCUCGAACGGCUGUUUGGGUAAUUUGAAAACAUACAACCUUCUUAUACAAAAAUUUUGUGAAGUGGGACAAACUGAAGAGGCUCAAAUGCUCUUUUACCAGAUUUUAGACAAGGGAGUGGAACCUGAUGUUACCACUUACACUUUUCUUCUAGAAGGAAUCUGCCAAGAAGACAAACUAGAAGCAGCUUUUGAGCUCUAUAACAAGUCUGUCAAACAGGACAUAAUCAAUGCAAAAGGCAUAUUGAGCUCCUUUACAUCAUCACUGUGCAGGAAAGGUCAUCAUAUGGCUGCAUCCAAAUUACUUUGUAGUCUCAAUCAUGAUAUAGGAUGUGCAGAAUCCCAUAUAAUUUUGUUGAAAAGUUUGUCAGAUGCACAAGAGAUUCCAAUUGCCAUUGAGCACUUGAAGUGGGUUCAGGAAAAAUCACCUUUGAUACUGAGAGAUAUAUGUACUGCACUUUUGGAUUCUCUUUCUUCUGCUACGUGCCCAGAGCCCAUGUUACAGUUCCUUCAAAGAAUACAAAAUGUGUUUGAUUUCCCUUACUUCGAAGGAUAUGUGUGACAAAUGAUUACGAUUUGAGAAGAUUAUGUUCUCAGUUUUGGGUGCCAUUGGUUAAGUGUACAUGCAACUUAGUAACAAAACCUUUACAGCAUUGGUGUAUUUAGAUGAGAAAUUUUGGGAGUAAUUUAUAUUUUGAUUAUAUUUGUUCUAUAUGGAAAAUUGUGUUGUUUGAAUUAGCUGUUUUGAGAAAAAAGGAU